AUCACUUCCCCGAGGCCCAAAGCACCUCUCUCUCUCUCUCUCUCUCUCACUCUCUUAUCUUCUCCAUCUCUGGCGGCGGCUUGUUUUCGAUAUUGAAGCAUCUCCAUGACCCUCUUUCUUCCCCAAACUUUUCCUUCAAUUCACUUCACUGUUUCUUUUCCUCUCCGUCUUGCGAAAUGCUCUUCCAAAUUGAGAACUAAUUCAACCCCAAGACCAAUCAUCAAUGCGACAAUCCCAGCUAGGGACCGAGUCAUAGACUUCGGAAAGCACAAGGGAAAAAUGCUCGGAACCCUCCCUUCAAGCUACCUCAGAUGGGUCUCCAAGAACCUCCGUGCCCGUGACUUCGAGGACUGGGCAAAGCUAGCCGACCAAGUCCUCCAAGAUCCAGUUUACAGAGAUCGGAUCGAGUGGGAGUUAGCGGAGAAUCUACUGAAUGGCAACAUUAAUGAUAGUUCCUUAAGAAACGAGAGUGUGGUUUCGGAGUUGUUAGAAAUUAGUGAAAGGUUCGGUUGGGAUAACGAAGAUAAGAGUGGCUGGAGCAAGGUCAAGUUUGAGCUUUUGGGUACCUCUAAAGGUGGUAGAAUUCCAAGAGCCGGCAAAAAUGGCGGAAAAGAGACAGACUUUGGCUUGAGUAAGGGUAAUGAUCAAAAGGUGGUUGAGGUUUUAUCAAAAGGUGAGGAGAGGAGGAGAGCGAGAAGACAGAGACUGAGGACGAAGACAGGAGCGACAAGGGAGGAGGAGCUGGGAAUUAAGAAGGAGAGCAUUAUGAAUGGUGGGUUUGGAAAUAGGGUUUAUGGGAGAAGUGAUGAAGAUAAUGUUAUGAUCAGAAUGCAGAGGGAUAGAAUAUUGAAUGGUAGAGAUGGGAUGAUAAUGGAGAAUAAUAAUAAUCCAUUUCCUGGACGUGAAGCUCUUUUGAAGAAGGUGCUCAACCAUAAAAGAUCUUUGUAAAUUGUAAUUUCUUUUCUUUUCCUUUUUGUUGUGUGUAAAUUCUGAAAAAUAUUUACAUACAAUACUUUUUCUUAAU